GGGUCCGGGGCUGAGGGAGCGGGACGGAAGUGAGUGGGUCCCGCCCCUUCCCCCGUCGUCUUCGCUGGAGCCGCUGCCGCUACAGUCGCUGCCCCCUCUCCGGCGAGCCGGAGUCUCCGUGCCGUACCCUCGGUCCCCGGCCGCGCGGAGCCGGGAUGCACUGCUCCUGCUGUGGGUCCUCAUCAUGGAGACCAAACGGGUGGAGAUUCCCGGCAGCGUCCUGGACGAUCUCUGCAGCCGAUUUAUUUUGCAUAUUCCCAGCGAGGAAAGAGACAAUGCUAUCCGAGUGUGUUUUCAGAUUGAACUUGCCCAUUGGUUUUACUUGGAUUUCUACAUGCAGAACACACCAGGAUUACCUCAGUGUGGGAUAAGAGACUUUGCUAAAGCUGUCUUCAGUCAUUGUCCAUUUUUGCUGCCUCAAGGUGAAGAUGUGGAAAAAAUUUUGGAUGAAUGGAAGGAAUAUAAAAUGGGAGUACCAACCUAUGGUGCAAUUAUUCUUGAUGAGACACUUGAAAAUGUACUACUGGUUCAGGGGUAUCUAGCAAAAUCAGGCUGGGGAUUUCCAAAAGGAAAAGUAAAUAAAGAAGAAGCUCCUCAUGAUUGUGCUGCUAGAGAGGUCUUUGAGGAAACUGGUUUUGAUAUCAAAGAUUAUAUUUGUAAAGAUGAUUACAUUGAACUUCGAAUCAAUGACCAGCUUGCUCGUUUGUACAUCAUUCCAGGAAUUCCAAAAGACACAAAAUUUAACCCGAAAACCAGAAGAGAAAUUCGGAACAUUGAGUGGUUCUCCAUUGAGAAAUUGCCCUGUCAUAGAAAUGAUAUGACCCCGAAAUCCAAACUUGGUUUGGCACCUAACAAAUUUUUUAUGGCCAUUCCCUUUAUCAGACCACUAAGGGACUGGCUUUCGCGGAGAUUUGGAGAUUCCUCAGACAGUGACAAUGGAUUUUCCUCAGUCGGUAGCACACCAGCUAAACCCACUGUGGAAAAAUUGAGUCGAACCAAAUUCCGCCACAGUCAGCAGUUGUUUCCUGAAGGUUCUCCUGGUGACCAGUGGGUAAAGCACAGGCAACCACUGCAGCAAAAGCCAUAUAAUAAUCAUCCUGAAAUGUCUGACCUUUUAAAAGCGAAGAAUCAAAGUAUGAGGGGAAAUGGCAGAAAACAGUAUCAGGAUUCACCUAAUCAAAAGAAAAGAACAAACGGGGUCCACAGCCAGCCAGCCAAGCAGCAGAAUCCCUUGAUGAAAUGUGAAAAAAGACUUCAUCCACGAAAGCUUCAGGAUAAUUUCGAAACAGAUGCUGCAUAUGACUUGCCUUGCUCCAGUGAAGACCAGUUGCUAGAACAUGCCGAGGGACAGUCUGUGGCAUGUAAUGGUCAUUGCAAGUUCCCCUUUUCAUCCAGAGCCUUUUUGAGUUUUAAGUUUGACCAUAAUGCUAUAAUGAAAAUCUUGGACCUUUGA